CAGACGUUAAUGUGCCGUCGCCAUUUUGUAAAAUUAACUGACUUCGCACACAAACGUUCGUGAGUUGUAGCAUCUGUUACUUUGUCUUGAACGAGCUCCGAAACAAUGCUUUCGUCACAUCUAAAGAUGGCCAAAGACGGACGGUUCAACUUCAAACUUUUGGUGCCACCAAGGGUGAAUAAUUGCAGCCAGGUGUCUGCGGUUAAACCCCAAGAGAGUGUCGAGAACAGAGUUGAGCUGGGCCCCAGUAAAUAUUUUGUGACAGACCAAAACACGCCAGCCCUCAGCAAAAGUGCUGUCGCCCCAACUAAACCAAUCACACAAGAUUGCCUCAAGAUGACAGUGGCCCCAACAGAGAGAGUGGAGAGUGACUGUGCUCCUGGACAGCUUUGUUCAAAAAUGUUUGAUGAGGUGGAGAAAAUCAAAUGCUGGAAAGUCAAAGUGGACUCUGAUGCUGCGCAAAGCGAGAGGAAACUUCAGGAGAACAAAAGAACAAUUGAGACUCAGCGCAAGGCCAUUCAAGAGUUGCAGUUUCAAAAUGAAAGUCUAAAAAAUGUGUCCGGCCCCAGUAAAUAUUUUGUGACAGACCAAAACACGCCAGCCCUCAGCAAAAGUGCUGUCGCCCCAACUAAACCAAUCACACAAGAUUGCCUCAAGAUGACAGUGGCCCCAACAGAGAGAGUGGAGAGUGACUGUGCUCCUGGACAGCUUUGUUCAAAAAUGUUUGAUGAGGUGGAGAAAAUCAAAUGCUGGAAAGUCAAAGUGGACUCUGAUGCUGCGCAAAGCGAGAGGAAACUUCAGGAGAACAAAAGAACAAUUGAGACUCAGCGCAAGGCCAUUCAAGAGUUGCAGUUUCAAAAUGAAAGUCUAAGCAUCAAGCUUGAGGACCAGAUGAGUGAAAAUGAGGAUUGGCGGAACAAACACAAUGCAACCCGCAACUUGUGUAAUUUGCUGAAAGAAACCUUUGAGCGGUCGGCAGACAAAAUGCAAUUAUUUGAAUCUGAGCGAGAUGAGACACAUCACCUUCUAAUGGAAAACAGUGAACGUGUUCAGAAACUGAUAGUGGCAUUUGAACACCUUCGCGGUCAAGCUGAAGCCAAUGACAACGAGAUGCAUUCUGUUAAAGCAAAUUUGCAAAAACUUGAAGAGCUGAAAGAAAACUAUCAGCAAGAAUGCACCCUAAAAGAGAACACGGUGGCGACACUGGAAGCUAAACUUCAGGAGAAAGUAGGCGAACUAGAGGAAGUCCAGCGUGACCUUCAUGAUACUCAAAAUCAAUGCAGACUGCUUCAAGAGGCCACAACUCAACAAUGUGAAGAGCUGACAAGCUCAAAAAUGGAGAAAGAGUCCCUUCUCGAAAAACUACACUCAGCAGAGCAGCGCUGUAAAGAGAGCGAGACGAAAGUACACGAGCUGGAGGAAAAGUUGUUCAGUGAAAUGAAGAAAGCAGAGGAGUGCAGCUUUGAGAUAGUACAACUCAAAACAGAACUCACACAGAAUCAAGCUAAGUAUGAAGAGCUGCUGUCUAACUUUAAUGAGGUUAAUUUUGAGAAGAAGGCUCUUGAGCUGAAGUUUGAGAGCACAUCCUCUAAUAUGAAAGCCAUCACGGCAACCAUGAAGAAACUGAUAGUGGCAUUUGAACACCUUCGCGGUCAAGCUGAAGCCAAUGACAACGAGAUGCAUUCUGUUAAAGCAAAUUUGCAAAAACUUGAAGAGCUGAAAGAAAACUAUCAGCAAGAAUGCACCCUAAAAGAGAACACGGUGGCGACACUGGAAGCUAAACUUCAGGAGAAAGUAGGCGAACUAGAGGAAGUCCAGCGUGACCUUCAUGAUACUCAAAAUCAAUGCAGACUGCUUCAAGAGGCCACAACUCAACAAUGUGAAGAGCUGACAAGCUCAAAAAUGGAGAAAGAGUCCCUUCUCGAAAAACUACACUCAGCAGAGCAGCGCUGUAAAGAGAGCGAGACAAGACAGGAGGCCAUGGAUGUCGUGCUGAGACAGAGCAAAGAAGAACAUGAACAGAUCCUCAGCAGCAAAGAUUUAAGCUUGAAGGAGGCUUGCCGAGUCAAAAAUGAACUAGCCGAGACGCUCGAGCAAGUUCAGAGAACCCUUGUGGAGCUGCAGAAUUCAUUAGCCUUUGAGGAACGAAGGUCUAAGGAUUGCGAGGAAAAACUAAUGGAGAAAAACAAAGAACUUGAAAGGAGUCUUCAAGUUGUGGGAGAACUUGAAGAACAGAGGGCAAGAAAAGAUGAGCAAAUCACCAUCCUUCAGAGUGAAUUAGAAAAAAGCUUGAGCUUAAUAGAGCUUGUGAAGGGAAAAGCUGAUGUUCUUGAGGUCAGAGUGAAUGAUCUCCAAGAUGAGCUUUCGGCAAAAACCAUAGAAGCCCAGCGAGUCAUGUGUGAGGCAGAGACUAUACGUGUAGACAACGAAAAGCUCAAGAAAGCUGGUGAAAAGGCAGAAAAAUAUUUCUUGGAGAAGCAGCGCAACUCUGAGACGAAAGUACACGAGCUGGAGGAAAAGUUGUUCAGUGAAAUGAAGAAAGCAGAGGAGUGCAGCUUUGAGAUAGUACAACUCAAAACAGAACUCACACAGAAUCAAGCUAAGUAUGAAGAGCUGCUGUCUAACUUUAAUGAGGUUAAUUUUGAGAAGAAGGCUCUUGAGCUGAAGUUUGAGAGCACAUCCUCUAAUAUGAAAGCCAUCACGGCAACCAUGAAGGGGAGUGAGGAGAAGGCCGUGAAGGUCGCAAAGGAAAUUCAGAAACUGGAAGAGGAAAACCAACGUUUAAGAGCGGAAGUUCACACUAUUCAAAGUUUAACCCAAAGACAGUAUGCAGAAAUUGAGAUGUUGCAGAAGAAAAUAGAAGACAAUUGUCAGCAUUUGCAGGAGAAGGUUGUACAAACAGAAGGACAGAUCAAAGCCGCAGAAGUAAAGUGCUCUUACCUCAUGAAGAAAAUUGGGGCUCAUCGUAAAGCAGGGGAAUAUCAGAAAGAGAUUAAAAAGCUUAAGACACAAAUGGCAAAAGAGCUUGUGAAAUACAAUGAACUUGAAAAUAAGAUGACCAGUCUGUAUGAUGAAUCAAACAACCAGAAAAGACAGCUUGAAGAAAAGCAUCAAAAGCUGGUUGAAGAGCUUCACGAUAAAUCUUCAUUUGCAGCAGAUCUUGACAACAAGAUAAAAGAGCUGCGAUUAACCGCAGCCGAGGCUAUCAAGAGUAAAGAGGACGCAGAACACAAGUGUCAACACAAGACGGCUGAUAUUGUCGCACUGAUGGAAAAACACAAAAACCAAUAUGACCGCAUGGUCAAAGAAAAGGAUACGGAACUGGACGAGAUGAGGAAGCGUGAGACAGAGGCCAUUAGCUGCCGGGUGGCUCUGGAGAUUGAUGUCUCAAAGUUUAAGACUGAAAACGGUCAACUGAAGAAGCAGCUGAUAACAGUGAAGGAUAACUUUCAAAAAGAGUUAAGUGAUCUGAAAAAAGAAUUGUCUUCGCUUAAAUUAUCUCGGCUUUCCCAAGACAAGAGCAACACGGCAAAUCCCUUCAACACACAUCAUAAAGGGAGACAUGCAGAAACACCAAGAAGCAGGUCUUCAAAGAUGAACGUGUUUGACUUUGCCCAGGAAUGUGACUUUGGAUCCAUGAGGAUGUCAGGUGAAAAAAACCCAAAGAUCAAGGAACAUCAGGACUCUGCUUCCCCAGUAAAUGGGACAAAGCAGGCUGGCAGAGCAGAAAAAAUCAAAACCUAUAGAAUAAGGACGCCCCCUAGUGCUGACAAGCCAGGGAGCUGGAGGAAGAGAGCCUUGGAGCUGGAACCCAAGUCUGACAGCUCUGAUCCAAACAAUGUUUUGACUUUUAAAAACACGCCAGCACCACACUUCUCGGUUUCCCUCUCUCAAUGCAACCGAUCCAAAAAGAGCCCCACUGCUCUUAAGUCACCGGGAACCUCCCUAAAGUUAGCGGGCAUCAAGAGGAUGCGUGACGCUGGCUGGAUCGCUGUCAGUGACAGUGAGAAAAAGAAGAAAAAGGCUCAGGGGAAGAUUUUUGCAUAAGUAGUGUCUUUGUAGACACCUUAGAUGCAGUUAAGUUUUCUGUUCUCUAAUUUUGAAAGGCACAUUUCUUAUGUGGUAAAAAUAGUGGUGGUGUGGUAGUCAUAGAGGAAAAGCAGGAAGAGGUAUAGUUUUGUAGUCGCGGUUCUUACGGUAGUAUUGUCCUAAGCAUAGUAAUACUGUAGUCACAGAUUGCUAGUAUAGAAGUCAUUGUGUUGUUCUUGUUGUGGUGUAGUAGUCAUAGUUUGCAGGCAUAGUUAAAAAAAAAAAAAAAAACAUUAGUUUUUCACUGAUUUAUGCAGCAGUAGUUUUACAGUAUGCUAGUGCAGUAUUGCCACACACAGCGAGUUACUUGUAGCUGCUGUAGUAGUCGUCAGAUUAAUGCCUUAGUAAAGUUAGUGUUGUAGUAU